AUGAAGGACGAUCAAUUAAAAUGGGCAAAUGAAGGAAUGUCGCAACUUAACUCAACAAAAAUCACGACCAGUCGGUUCCUUAACCGCAGUGUCCAGACUAAGUUUCGUGAUUCAGAAGCUCAAACAGACCCUUACUCGCCCGAGUACACCAUCCCUGCCGGUGAAAUCCCGCAACUGUUGUUGCUAAUCAACUUAUCUUACGGAAGAGGGCUGCCAGCUGGUCAAAAAGAAGUUGAAUUAAUUGAACGGGCCCAUAAACGAAUUAUUGAGGAGGAAAAAAUGACUAAAAUGACCCAUAAGCAACGUAUUCGUUACCGAAAUAAGCUCGAACAGGAGGAGUGGGACUACAGAACUAAAGAAAUCGAGGCAUUGCAGGAACUUAGACUACAGGCGCUCGCACAAUUGCUUCGUAUAAGAGAAGAAAAGCGUCAAGAAUUGGUCUCUCAGUGGAUUGAUCGACGCUGGAAACGCCGACAAAAGCAGAAAGAAGAAGCUAUCAAAAAAAUUCGUGCAGAAUAUGCAGCCGCUAUUCGGCAGAUGCUGCGUAGUAUGGAUCGACAGCGUAAAUUAUCAAAACCCGACAAAAUCACAAUCUACUCACAGCCAGGAUCGCAGGCAUAUGCGCCUCUUACUCGAAUCGGUGUUUUUCCUGACCGUGGGUCCGAGCGUUACAAAGUUAAAAGUCACUUUUUGGAGUCGUACUCAGGGCUCCUGGAAUUAGAGAAGUUCAUUCCAGAAAGAAUGAUUGAUCAUCCCAUUGCAAUAAAGAAGCCUUCGAAAUUUACCAAGGACGGCUUCCUCAAACGCUCAUAUCGUUGGCAAACUGAACUGGAGUCACUGCACGAGUUCAUGGCGUCUCUCGGUCGAAGUGAAGUUAAUGCAGCAAAACCAAUGAGGUUCCUCCAUAAAAUCGAAAAGCCUGCUCCACGUCCAUCAACUCCAUCAGUUCCUAGAGUCGACAAAGUACAAAUGGCGGGUGAGUUGGCGAUUAUCGAGCUGCAACGCAUGCUUCGCGGUCGAGCCAUGCAGACGAUGAUGCACGAGGCCCGCGGAAAGCGCCAAUUGCUGAUCGAUGAACUUCGAUCAACACACGCCGUUACUCGUGAUGAUCGUGCAGAGAAGAGGCGACAGAUGUUGACUGUUCGUACCGACCAAACACGCUACCAAAAUCUACGACACGAGGACAGCCUUUCACAUGAGAUUCUAGAACGUCUCGAUUCUACCAUUCUCGGAGACAUGUUGGACUUUUUAAGCAAAGAGUUGGAUCGCUUAAUUGUCGACCAACGCAUCCGAGACUACAUGCGAGAGGCGCAACGAGAGCGACGCGUUCGCGAGGCCGAGGAGAGCGGCAAACGGCAGUUCGAGGAGCGACGACGACGCGAGACCGAUGAAUAUUUCAGACAGGUUAUCAAAGUACACCAGGUCUCUGUUGAUGGAUUCUUCGACUCCUUCAUGUCCACCACAAUCGAGUCAUCCGCCGAAGUGCAGGCUGUUGAGGAGUUUGAGAAGCUCGCCAAGCGUUGGCCCGUUGAAGUGCGCAAAAAAGAGCAACAACUCUCGCACGAAGAAGAGGCGGCCGAUCUCGUCUACAAUUUUCUCAUUCCUGAGGCAAGCCUCUGUUUAAAUCUGCUAAAUAGUUCUCAGCUGAAAGCCUACAAGGCUUUGUUGGAUCAACGCGAGAGAAAGUAUCUACACGCCGCUCAUAGCGAGAUUUUCCAAGAAGUCGAAACAGGCUCACUGAGUACUGAAAUUCGCGACUAUGAGGACAACAGGACGGAUCAAGGGACAUGCACUGAGAACCCAGAAUCCGAGAACAAUAGAAACCUCAAGGAGAAUGCGUCAAAGAAACCGUAG